AUGCUGUUCCAGUCCAAUCUUGUUGCUGGUCGAGCCUCUUUGCCCAUCCACGGAUAUAAGGUUCCACCAGCACAACCUCAGGCUUUAAUUCCUCCUGGCUCCCUCAAAAGGUCACGGACACCAUCACCGCCACCUCAAGGAGGGUAUCAACAGAUCCCGUACAACUUCAAGAAUUUGCCAGGGCAUGCUCCUCCCAGCGUACCUGUGACUCUUGCCACAACCAAGGCGGGGAGUGCAGGCAAUGUGUACGUGGCAGGUCAGGCUCCUUACUACCAUGGGUCUACUCAAGCUCAUGGCAGCUCCAGCCAGUACCAGACCACCUCCCAAGCUGUGGCUUAUCUCCCACCUGCAGCACCAACCCACACCAAUCCCCCUCCUUCUUCCCAACCCCAACAACCUCCUUCUCGAGAUGACAAACAUCUCCAGCCCGUUUAUAUGCAAAGUGGUCGAGGCCAUGCUUUUAUCACAGCUACACAUGUGCCUACUCUUCACCAAGCGAUGGACCACAAAGGCAAACCUGGAGGAAGUAGUUUCAUGCCACCUGGGGAGGGAGGACAAGAGAAGUAUUUCCAGCCAAAUGUGAGAUCACAUUUGGCCCUCCAUUCUGGGGUACUGCCAGUGCAACAACCACAUCCAGGGGUGGGUAUUUUACCUGCUUAG